UUGGUGGGCUCUUUGUGUGACUGUGUUUCAUCUCAUCACCCAGGCCAAGGCCAUAUCCCCAAGAAUUUCCUCUUUCCAACACCGCAUAAAAAAACAAAACAAUGCCACUUCAUAGCCUGUUAUUUCCUCUCCAACAUAGAAAAAGCCUUCAACUUUUUCCUCUUCACGUUUUGGCAACACAGCAAUGAGAUGAUAAAAAUCUUGACUCUUUGAUUCAUAUUUCUUGUAAACUGUCGAAUUUCCCCUUCCACAAGACUCCCCUUCAAGACCCACAAAAAAAGAAAUAAACUUUUUCGAUGGGUUACCUUUCUUGCAAAGCAGAAUCAGCAGUCUCCAUAAUCUCCACCUCCACAACCACCCAGAAUUCAUCGUCCAAAACUGCCACCAACAAGCAGGAAAAACCCAUCAAGAUCCAACAAUUUGAUUAUUCUGAUCUUGAAGCUGCCACCAAUGGAUUCUCUGAUCAAAGGCUUCUAGGCAAAGGUAGCCAUGGUUCUGUCUACAAGGCUGUUCUCAGGGGACGCCACGUUGCCAUCAAGAAACCGUCUUCAAGAAACCAUGAAACCAACCAAGAAGCUGAUAACGAGAUCGAAAUCUUGUCGAAGAUUCAGAGUCCCAGAUUGGUGAAUCUUCUUGGCUUUACUAAUGACGCUAAAGAUCGUUUAUUGGUUGUUGAAUUUAUGAGUAAUGGCACAUUAUAUGAUGUUCUUCACUCUAAUUCUUCAAGGCCUUUGAAUUGGGGUCGAAGAAUUCGAUUAGCCUUGCAAGUUGCCAAAGCCUUAGAGACACUUCACUCACAAAAACCUCCAAUUAUUCAUAGAGAUGUUAAGUCUGCAAAUGUGUUAAUUGAUAGGAAUUUCAAUGCAAGAUUGGGUGAUUUUGGGUUGGCACUGAGGUGUGGUGUUGAUGAUUAUAGGCUUAGAUCAACCCCACCAGCUGGUACUAUUGGGUAUCUUGAUCCAUGCUAUGUGACCCCAGAUAAUUUGAGUACAAAAACUGAUGUUUUUAGUUUUGGGAUCUUGUUGUUAGAGAUUGUAAGUGGUAGAAAAGCUAUUGAUGUUGCACAUUCACCACCUUCUAUUGUGGAUUGGGCAAUUCCUCUUGUAAAGAAGGGGAAGAUUGUUGCUGUUUAUGAUCCAAGGAUUGCACCUCCUAAGGAACCUAUUGUUAGGAAGCAGUUGGCUGUCAUAGCAGCAAAAUGUGUGAGGUCCUGUAGGGAGCGCCGCCCUGCAAUGAAAGAUGUGGUUGGUUGGUUAACUGGGUUGAGCAAAUUGGUUCCUCUACAUUCAUGGAGUGGUUUUAACAAUCCAUGUUUGAUGGUGGAAACAAUGGGGCGUCCUGUUGAAUUUAGAAAUGCCCAGGAUAAUUUGGAUGCCAUGGAUGGUAAAUUUGGCAGGCAAACUAUGAGGGACUCACGUAGAGUCUAUUCAGAUUUGGGGUUCAGCAGCAACUUGAUGGAACUUAUGGGCAUGACUGGUAUUGAGGGGGAGUCUGAAGUGUGGGGGCAGGCUGAUGUGGUUGAAAGGCCUGGGUCAAAAUCAGAGAGCAGAAUUUCUAGUUAUAGAUUUGGUAGCAAGAGAUAUGGUAACCGAGGGAGAGGUCAGCAGAAGAAUGUUGGUAAUGAGAAUGGUGUUUUCACUUUGAGGCGGAAUCAAUCAGCUGGUGAAAAUUCUGAACUCUUUUCAGGAAAAGGUAAUGUGUUUUCUCGAUCAAGUUUCAGUUCCCAGGCUGUAGGUGACAUUUAGUUCAUGAAAAUUUAUACAUUGAAAUGAUCGGCAAUGGAGCAAAGUUCAAGCUUUUAAGGUUCUCUUGCUUGCACCUCAAAUUCAUGUAUAUUUGUGGGUAACUAGUUUUUGGUGAUUUCAACCGAUUGACAUUUUCAAGGUUCAAUAAGUUGUUAAUGUGGUCUUCAUUUUCAAUGUACAUGUAGAUCAGGACAUUGCUAAUGUCCAUUUCAUAGGUUGUUAAUCUUUUUUUUUUCCCUUUCGUUUUCCCCUCGUGUUUUUGCUGCAAGGCAUACGUAUGAUGAAAAUGCUGUUGAAUCCAUGCAUGAGGUGAUUCAAAACUCAUCAGUUGAAUACUGAUAUUUGUAAUUUGAACAUGCAGCUAGAAUAACUGAAUAAUACAUUCUACAGUUUGAUUCUGGUUUUUUUUUUUUUUAAUGUAAUUUAUUGCUUUAAAGCGAGAGAUGCAAUGAAAUUUGUGAUGCUCUUAGUAGGUUAUUGCAUCUCGGUGAAAUUCAAUCAAUGACUUGAAUAAUGAAUGUAUUUGGUUUAGUUUUAGACAUUACUGCAAAAUUUGAGCGGCCAAGCCUUCAAUGUUAUUACUGUAGUUGUUGAGAUUUUACCUUUUCUGCAAACAUUUCGAAUGAACUUUGAUUUAUGUCAGCAGCCAAAUUGACACCUAGUAUUUCUCAGGCUUCCAUUCUUCUGCGUACGCAAGCUUGGAAGCAUAAUGGGUUUUUAAUUUUAAGCCAAA